CGUCAUUUGAGAAACUCUUUUGGACCUUUGACUGGCGUCCAGCUUGUUAAUCUGUCACCCACUUUAAAUAUUACGCCUAACUUCUGGAUGGUGCUCACUUUAGUUCGUGUUUAUAGAAUGUUUGUAGAUGAUACAAUAGUAAGGUAACAGUAAAUAGUUUCAGUCUUUGAUUCAGGUCACAUGAUUCGUGUCAUAUGACACUGAUGAGAGCAGAAAUCUUCCACAGUUACCAAUAAUACACUCUUUUACCAAUGCUGUCGUCUACCGUGAUGAAUCCAGAUGGCUAAACAGAUGUGGGGACUCCUGAAGUAAAUCGCUGGAUCAUGGAGAGUUUGGGAGUUUUGUCCGUUCUCGCCACCGCUUGUGUUUUGGGAGUGGUGAUGAGUCAGACAACACUCAGUCCUGCUGUGACGAUCACCACAGUCAGUGCAAACAUGAGCUCUGCCGCUCCCAGCACUACAGCGCUCAGCUGCUCCGGCCUCAACACUUCCACCUGCGCUGCCUGCGCUCCUGGCUCUUAUUAUGAUAAUGAAACUCUGUUGUGUUCUUGCUGUCCUGAGGCCGGUCUGUGUGUGUUACCUGGAGCCUGUCUUCUGUGUGUCCAGGGUUUCUAUCAGCCUCUAGCAGGACAGCAGGGCUGUCUGCCCUGUUUAUCUGGGUUUUACAGCAAUUCCACUGGAAGCCCCUUCUGCCAGCCAUGUCCUACUGGGUCCUACAGCAGUAACACAGGCUCUGCCUCCUGUACAGCCUGUGCACCAGGUUUCUACACAUCUUUGCAAAAUUCAACAUCAUGUAACCCAUGUCCACAAGGCACGUACUGCAAUUCCUCCAGCUGUACUCAGUGCCGGGUCUGUCCUGCAGGCUCAGAGGCUCUACAGACCGCUUCCAAAGAAUGUACACCUUGUCGCCCAGGAAUGCACAAGCCUGCCCAUCAAACCAUGUGUCAGAUUUGCAGCAGUGGUUUCUAUCAGAUCCACUGGGGCCAGGAGAACUGUGACCUUUGUCCUGAAAAACACACACACACACACACACACACACACAGUCUUUACUGCCAGAGUCCUGAUGUAAAUCCGAUCCAGUGUCCCACUGAUGCGUUCUGUCCUGAGGGCAGCACUGUCCCUGGUUACUGCAUGGAGACCUUCUUCAGAAAGGCAGGGGAGACGUGUGAACUUUCUCCUGUUACCAUUGCACUGCUUGUUAUUGGAGGAGGAGUGGGUCUUCUCUUCAUCAUCAUCUUGGUUCUGCGGAGGAGAAGAGAUAAUGACAGCGAGCUUUCCCUUGCCCGGACGCCCCUCCUGCGAAAAGACCGCCCACCUGGUCGCUUCUAUGGAAUCCCUUGUGAUGCUGAGCCUGUUUAUGCAGGCUGGUGACAUUACCAUGUACAUAGCUGCACACAUUUUGUCUGAAAGUUUCUAUUUAGAACUUAGAACUGUUCUAAGCUUUAUAUUGGUAAGAUACUAUUAAAUAUUUAAUGAAUGAAGAUGCACUUUUCUGCAUUCCAUUUUUAAAACCUGUUUACUACUGACUGUGUUGUGAAGUUACAUCUCUUUUGAUUCGGACUUCUUUUCAAGUCUGUAAAGUAUGAGAAACCAUUCUGUAUUUUGGGGGGUGGGGGCGGUGUGUGUUUCUUUUGUAUAAAUAUGUUAAGCCAUGGCACUGAAAGAAUGUUGGACUAAAUUGUGCUGGAUUAUGCUUAUUUUGUUCACAGAUGUGUUUAUUUUUUUUGGUACCACUACGUUUGUCUACCUAAGGUCCUGAAGGUAUAUUGUAUUAUAUAAAUUUGCAGUAUUUCUUGUAUUGAACAUGUGAUGUGUCUCAUAUUCAUUUUAAAACAGAAUAUUUUGGACAAUUUCCAAGGUUGUAAACUGGAAUAAACAGCUUUUCACAACUUUGAUA